UAAGUUUAAUCUGUCUGCUAGGUGUUAUCGGUAAUAGUUUAGUGAUUAUUGUGUAUUGUUUAAAACCGAAACGUUCUAUCGAUCGUUUGAACAUGAAUCAUACGCCAGUAGUCAAUAAAACCAAUCCAUUCGAUAAUACAACGUCAUCAACGGAGAAAUCCGCUUCCAAUUCGUCAAUAUUCAAAAAAACAAUGUCAAAAAACAUUAAAAAUAACAAUAAACAUUUCAAAUCAACACGACAUUAUUAUCCACUACGUAAAAGUACCAAUACAUUAAGUCAACAGAAUUUAAUUCUCCUACUGGCAUUGAUCGAUUUAUUGACAUGUGUUUUAAUCCUACCAUGGGAUAUAUAUCGUGUAGCGAAUUAUGCUCAUGAUGAGACGACACUACUAGCCAUACCGACUAAUGCCUCUUCUGCAUCUUCGUCUUCUUUGUCCAGUCGAAAUGCCAUGAAUUAUGAAAGAGGAUUUUAUGCCAAUUACGAAUUGAAUGCCGUGCUGACAUUAUUACGUAAUAUUAUUUUUGCUUGCGAGGGGAGUGUCUUGGCUGCUAUUGCAUUUGAACGUUAUAUGAUUCUUGUGGAACAAGGAAUGUGUCGUUCAAAGUAUUGUCUUUCAUUUAGCCCUCGUAAUAAUAAUAUUAAUAACAAUAAUAAUAAUAAUAAACCGUCAAAUCAUAAAAUAUUGAAUGGAAAUUUACAUUUUCUAAAGACUGUCAAUCUAAUAUCAUUAAUAUUUCAUAAGAAACCAUUGGAACAUUUACAAGAAUCGAGUUACGACGAUACAUCGCUUCGUUCAGUGAAUGCUGAUGAAUUCAAUUCAAUUGGUGAACAACAUAAACAACUAUCAUCGAAAUUCAUACAACCGUCAGUGAAUUCCCCUAGUCCAAAAUAUAGAAGUAAUGAAUUUUGCCAGUCGAACACAUGUAUCCUAUCGAUUGUGAUUACAGUAACAAUUGGAACAUGUCUAUUUGAAUGUGUACUGAUUAUAUUGGAUUUUAGUAAAUGGGAUUGUCAGCUGACUGAAAAAUUUCGUGAAUUAAUUAAUCAAGUCUACAUACUGUUGACAUUUUUAUCAUUUCUCAUUAUUACUUAUUUGUAUGCACAAAUAUUUAUUACUGUUAGAAAAAAUGAUUUACGUAAACAACGAUGGUUAACUAGUACUACUACUAGUACUACUAAUACAAUUACUACUAGUAGUACUAGUAGUACUACUAUUCAUCAAAAUACAAAUUAUUCAUCAUUGAAACUAUUGAACAAAUCAAAUUCUUGUUUAAAAUCAUCAACUGAUGACACACAACAUUUGAAUUCAUCAAAUGGCAAUGAUCAAAACAAAUGUCAUGAACAACAUUGUCCAACAAUAACACAAACUACAAGGCAUAAUAGACUACCAAUAAGAUUGAUGAAACAAUUAAGUUGUGAUCAAAUCAUGUCAAAUCGAUCAUGUUAUUGCUGUCAUCAUCAACAUGCUGUACAAACUGGUCAAUGGAGUAAACUACUGCUGCGUAAACAACAGACAUUCAUUAAAGCACCAUCAAUGUCAACAUUGGUUGAACAUCCACCUGAUGUUGCAAGGAAUCCUGGGACACCUACCACACAAAAUGAUAAGCAAUUUAUACAGACAUCCACAACACCAACACCGACAACAGCAAUACAAUCGCCCAUAUUCAGGUCAGUAAUAAAUCGUUCCACAUCCAAACGUAUAACACGUAGUCAUCGUACAGGUUUAAUGAUAUUUAUUUCAACUGUUGUAUUCUAUGCUACACUGUUUCCUGUUCUAUGGGUACAUUUUAAAUUUUGGUGGAUAUAUACCAAUAACAAUAAUAAUAAUAAUAAUACUGUCGACGGUAAUGCCGACCAUUCUCUAUCGAAUAAUAUGACUACUAUAUUACCAAAUCUUACAACACCAUCAUCAUCAUCAUCAUCAUCGUAUAUAAUCAAUAGUCAAGAGAAUGAAGGUAGUUUUAUGACAACUGUACAUCAUGAAUUUUAUUAUGUGAAUAAUGCUGUGAAUUUUUUUAUUUAUUCAUUGUUCAAUCAAAGUUUUCGUGCACGUCUAAGACUUUUACUAGCUAAACAUUGAAUCUUGAACAAAAGUGGCGAUGCAUUUAAACAAACAAAAUGGAUGAUUAUUGUAGAAAUAAAUAUAUAUAUUUUUUCUUUUUUUUUCUCAAAC